AUGAAAGCGCCUGCAGGAGGGGAUAAGAAAAGGGAUCUGUCAAAGUGUGUUUCUACGUGUCCGGACAAGGAUGGUGCAGAUGACAGGCGAACGGACAAGCUAGAGCAGAUGAAGGAGUGGAAGAGCCGUUUUGAUGAGUUUGUGUCGUAUACUCACACGGUACUUAACGACGUACUUGGCGAUACUCGGUCAGAUGCGACCUCGGAGUUGAAUAGCCGACCGGUAAAUUCUCCGUCAGGUAACGGUGGUAGCCGCUGCAGCCCUCAACAGCGCACGCUUGGUGCCGAUCCGCCAUCAAUACAGAGCUCUUCGCAAACCGCCCAGAAAAUAGACGGGGGACCAAAAUGUGCAUGUAAAUCGCCUAACAUAACGAAUGUUGACAAAGUGGCAUACCAUGCGUUGACCGAGCCUCCCCGAAACGUCAAGGAGUGCAUGGACUGGUUGAUAGCUCUGAAGGGGAAAGAUGGUGAAAAGAACAUGGCAGCUCUCGGUGCAGCCGUACACAAAUUCCUCGCAGACAAGCCUGUAGGAUACACUAAGGUGCCAGCUCUCGAGAAAGUUAAACAUAUCACCAAGCAGUUCCUGUACAAAUCGGGUAUAUGGAACAUAUGGCCCGCAAAAAGGAUUAUGAGCAGAUUUAAUAUACGUAUGUUUAAAGAAUUCUGUUGGUUCACAAAAUUUUUCACUUUCUACAAAAGCGAUUAUGAGAACAUCAUACAGACCAAGGGUCUCACUGCUAAAGACAUCGCAGACAAAUUAGGUGACGUUGUGAGUGGUUGUGAGAGGUUCUUGAAGCAUAUCAAAAACCCUGGUCAGUACAAGUCGGCUUACUGUCCAGAAGCUACGUGGGAUGCAUCAUUCGCGAAGAACCCCGAAGCUUGCGCUGUCAUCUUAGUGGGAAUUGGACCAAUGUUCUACGCAGGCCUAGAAUCUUUGCUAUUAGAAUUCGAAGUUUUAUACAUAACGGGUCUGAGUCAUUACUGUUUUGAUAAUAUCCACAUGAUGGUGAAAGCUUUGGGUUUCAAAGAGCCAGAAUGUCGCUCUAGCCCCAGUAUUGUAGAUGUAAACAGGGCGUUGAGCCGUUUAGAUGACCAUGAAUUGUACACAAUAUACGACCUCUCUGGGUUUUGGGCCUUCUACUGA